GUGUUCACAAAAUUUAUUCCCGAAUCUGUUCUUUAGAAGAAAUGCGAAAAAAAGUGGUUAUAAAACUGCCGUGUUAGAUUCUGUGAUGAACAAGGCAAGUUAAACAUUGAAACAGAGUAAGGCAAGUUUAUUCUGUUCAGGGCAUCGCUUGUUGCAGGCAUUAUCAGAAGCUUUUUAAAGACUGGAAAUCCAUUCUGAAAUUGCACAAGAAGAAAGUGAUAUGGAUUUUUCAGAGGAGUCACUGGAAACCAUUGCUGCAAAUGCGCCUAUCACUGCUCUCCGCAGAUUGAACCCCAAGUUGGAUGAUCAAAUGCCAAAACCAUAUCUGGCAAGAGCUUUGGUUGCAGUGGAUCCAGCCUCUAAAUAUGGAUCCAGAGAUCACCAGCAUAAUAACAUGACUGUUCUUCAGCAGCAUGUAUCUUUUUUUGACAGAAACAAAGAUGGGAUUAUCUAUCCAUGGGAAACUUACCAAGGUUUCCGGGCUAUAGGGUUUGGUGUUUUCAUCUCCAUUCUAGCAGCAUUCCUUAUCAAUGUAAACCUGAGCUAUGUUACUUCUUCUGGGUGGAUACCGUCACCAUUAUUUCCAAUAUACAUUGCAAAUAUUCACAAGGCAAAGCAUGGAAGUGACUCAGAGGUUUAUGAUACUGAAGGAAGGUUUGAUCCUGCAAAGUUUGAUUCAAUCUUUAGCAAAUAUGCUCUCACUUAUACAGACAAACUCACGUAUUCAGAGUUGCAGAGCAUGCUUAAAGGCAAUAGGAAUAUGAAUGACCUUUUUGGAUGGCUUGCAGCCCACGGAGAAUGGAGCUUUCUGUACAAACUGGCUAAGAAUAAGGAAGGUUUUAUUGAGAAGGAAGCCCUGAGAGGUAUGUAUGAUGGGAGCUUGUUUGAAUACUUUGAAAAGCAGAAUGCAUCUCGCAAGGCCCGUUAGGAGGAAUUCUUCAUCUCUGGGGUCAGAUGCGCGUGGAAUGAACGGUUAUUGGAAUAUGUAGGGUUUUACUGCUGCUCCUCUCUUAGAUUUAUGUAGAGUAUAAUUUUUUUAAUUUGUGUUGUUAGUUGAUACUUGAAUAUUGUUUCAUUACAAAGACAAUCAGAUAAUCUCAAAAUGUUAAUUAAAUGCAUGAAAUUUCCAAAGUC